AUGAAAUUUUAAACUACUCGACGCUUUAUUAGCUAGUUUUUUGCUCCUACUAGGAGAUUUUCAACUAUAUAGGACUCAAAGUCUAAGAGAGCCUUACUAGAAAUUAUUGAGGACAGCCCUUAUAAGUUCAAUCAAACUAAAGUACCUCCAGAGUUUGAAGAUGCUAAAUAGAUUCAUCCGGAGAUUUUGGAUUGGUUUCGCAAAGGCUAUGAAUUCUUUCUUUAAUACUCAAGCGAACAAAAUCAUGAUAUGCUAAAGUAAAUGCUAGAACCAUCUCUACAAUCAGAGGUUUAAGAAUUUCUGAAUGAAAAUAUUAAGCUAAACGAGGCUCAACUAAUAGUGGAAAACAUUGAAACAGAUGUAUUUGACAUACGAGUAGUAGCCUAAUACUUUUAAAGUGGAUACCAUAUUGAUAGAGCUAGAAAUAACAAAGAAUACAUUGUAAGAUUUAAACCUGAGUUUGAAUACAAUGGAGACUUGCACGUAUUUAUGAGUAAAGUACCAAUGAAAUUUACAACAGUACCUCUUAACAUAGUCUUAGAGCUAAUUAUUAAGACUAAUAUGAAGUUAAAUUUGGAAUGGCAAGGCAAAAAGCUAUUAGGUGAAAGUGAAAUAAUCGAACCAGAGUAUCAUCAUGUAAGAUUUGAAGGUCACAUUAGAAACUACACAAACUAUGUGAAUGACUUAAUCAGAAUGACUAAAAGAUACUAGAAGGUUAAAGCUAAAUUUGAUGAGGGCAAGCUGAUGGAGGAGGUUGAUUUAAAUCAAAAUAUGGCUUACAUGAUGAUGGACACCAACAUCUCUACGAUUAAUUAUCAGUAGCCCCAAAUCAAGGAAAUUACUCACUAGCAAUUCACUUAAUCGAGAAACAGAGGUAGUAUCACCUAAAGAGAUAGAAGUUCUAAUCACAUAUAAGUGAACGGCAAGUAAAAAGACUUGCAGAAUCAUGAUAAAGCUCUUAAAAGCUUAUCUCAAAUGAAAAAUAUGAUGCAUACUUAAAAUCAAAGUCAAUAUAAUUACCCUUUACAGUAAUAGCAUUUGGCACAGUAAAAUCAGAAUUAAUUCUUAAACAGAAAUAACCCUCUAAGCAGAACAGCAAACACUCCUAUAAAAUUGCAAUAAACAAUUAAUAAAACUCAGAUCAAGAACAGGUAUUAAGAGAGCUGCCAAAAGGAAAAUAUCAGUUCAAGAUCUAAUAUGAGCAAAACCUAAGAUUAGUUCCAGGUUGACUUAAGCAGCAGUACUAUCUAAGACUAACUUGAAAAUAAUCAAGUUCAGAUUUCAAUGAAUGUAUUUAUGAAUCAUCCAGCAUUCUAGAAAUAAAGAUCUAAAUUGGUAAGCCUAGCUAAUGUAGGUGGCUAAUCUAAUCGUAAUCUAAAUUCUAGUAGAAAAUCACUGGGCAUUAAAAUAAUGAAUUAGAGUAAUGAAAAAAUAAAGCAAGUAAAUCCCCUUGCCAAAUUCCAUUAAUCGAUCUAGAAUGCCAAUCAAAAGGUAAAAACUCAAGCUUUACCGAUAAGCAUCGAAAUUCAGCAGCUUGAUGAAUCUAGUAACCAAACAUAAACCUAUGAUUUCACUAGUUUAGAUUAAAUUGAUGUUUAAAACAAUGUCUAAACACAUUAAAAUAACCACAGCUUUGAAAACAUGUUAUAUGAUGUAACUUAGCUUUUACCCUCGAUGAAUUCAUUUGCCAAUCAUAACACUGCUGAUUCAGGUAAUUCAUUCAAUCCUCAAUAGCCUAUAUUGGUGCAAGACACAAACUAAGAAGUAUCCUUCUCAGAAUACAAUGACGAUGUUAAAAAGAAGGUAGUUUACCCUCCAAAAGCAUACAUGAAUAACAACUAUGUUGCAGCUGACUAUCGAUUAACAAGCAACUAAAAUAACUAUAAUGUUAAUACAGAGACUUUAUAUAUGCUAACUGAAUCACAGAAGUAAUAAACUGAUAAUUCAUUUGUAAUUCAGAAUACUCUAAAUUUCACUGGUUUUGAUUAGUCACCCAGGUUCCCUGAUCCGUAGAUAAUCAUUGAACAGUAAAAAAUGAUUAAACAGAUUUAAGACUAAAGUAGAUUGAGAGAUAUAAUCAAAAAGGUGGAAAGAGAUAAUUAGUAUAGAUAAUCAAUUGUUCAAGCCAGAAAUGAUGCUUAAAGCUCUUAGUAAAAAUCUAGAAAUAGAUAAAUAAUGUAGAAUCUAGAGUCUGAAUUGACUAAUGAUAAGUAAGGCAGAAUUGGGAAAGAGGUAAAACGAGAAGAACUGUCAAAAUCAAUAUUUCCCAAAAUGGAUAUGUCCAGAAGAAAUAGCUUAGAUUCCCUUCAUUAAAAUAAGUUCAGAGUGAGAUCAAAAUCUCUUUCUAAUCUAAGAACCAAUCUGGGUAUAUUCUAAGAUACUACAGAGAAGAAAAUUCAAAAUAAUAAACUUACUGAGAGAAGUAUGGUUGUGACCUAGCAAGUAAUGAUGAAUUCUAUGGUUUUAAAGUUUCAAUUUAUCUUGUUUCAAAUAUUCAUAAGUCUAAUGAUGCACAAUAAAAAUCCAAUAGUAUUCAUGCUGGAUCUAUACCUCAAAUAGAAAGAGAGUUUUAGGUGCUCAUAGAUAAAAAGACAAUGA